AUGGAAAUCAACGGUGGGGAAGAUCAUCAAUACGAAGAAUCAUCGGAAUGGUUCGUAAAGUACUUAAACCGUCAAGGCGAUUUGUUAGAGAAAACCAGAGGAUAUCUGAUGGUUGUAGCGACGGUUAUAGCUGGUAUGAGUUUUCAAGUUAUGGUUAAUCCUCCGGGUGGCGUUUGGCAGAGUGACAAUUGUUCCUCCGGAGAUCAAAAUUGUAAGGCGAAAGCCGGAACUUCGGUACUGGAGCAUGAAAGUGAAAGUUGGAAGCGUGAACUCUAUCUUGGGAUGGUUAUUAGUAGUACUAUAUCGUUUUCUGCUUCCAUGAGUCUUAUUCUCCUCUUCAUCAGCGGUUUACGACUUAGGUUGGCUUAUUUGUUUCAUAUGUUGUUGUCGUCCACGUCGACGACGAUCUCCUCCACGGUUGCUGCCAGUAGUUCCAUUUCCUGCCAUAUAACGAAGAAGGGGAACCGGUGGCUCGAGCCACGCGCGUAUGAAAUGAAUAACGGUGUCAGCAGUGUGAUCAUAUAG